AGUAAAUAAAUUGGGUCGGGUCGUCUCCGGCGGAGAGACGAUCGGUGGAGGUCGCCACGGUGAAGCAAAUCACGGCGCCCGAAGGUGAUGGACGACGCAGAGGCCAACUCCUCUAGGUUUCCGCUGCCGGAAGCGCUCCUCGAUUUUCUCAAUCAGAAUGGCAUAAACCCUUCCAUUUACGCUGCCUCCGAUUCAAUACCUCGUUAUAUCAGGUUAAAGCCCGGUAACGAUGGUACUAUAGAAGAAAUCGAAGCUGACAUUGGAUGUAAACUUGAAAAGGUGUAUUGGUUGCCGGAUUUCUAUCAUCUUCCACCCGAUGUUCGAAUUGCUAGCUCAAAAGCAUACCGACAAGGAAUGAUAUAUGGAAUUGAUGCAGCAUCUGGAGCUGCUGUUUCAGCUCUGGACAUCUCAGUGGGGGAUCACGUCCUUGAUCUCUGUGCUGCACCAGGUGCUAAACUUUGUAUGAUAUUGGACUGUCUUGGCAGUGAUGGUACUGUGACCGGGGUAGAUGUUGCCAAACACCGCUUAGCAGCAUGUAGAAGCAUGCUGCUCAAGUAUGGACUGGGUGAUCAUUGUCGUCUAUUUGUUGCUGAUGGAACCACAUUCUCACUUCUCCCCAUUAAAGCCAACGCACUUUCAGAAACACAGAGUGAUUCUGUGUACAAGGAGUGGAAUUCAAGGCGGCCAUGGAAAGAAAGGAAAAGGGAAGCCAUUGCAAGGGAAAAUGGUAGUUGUAAAGUAUUUCAACCCACUCAAGAGCCAGAGCUUAUAUUUUAUGGAAGGAAUUCUGGGGUAGUUGGGCUGACAAGAAAUGAACUAUAUCAGAUGGUGCAUUGUGAUAAUGUGUAUGAGUUAGGCUAUGAUAAGGUUCUUGUGGAUGCAGAAUGCACUCAUGAUGGCUCGAUCAAACAUAUCCAAAAGUUUGAGCAGUGGGGCUGGACAACCUUCCGGCGCCGUGUAUUGGAGGCAGAGAGAACUGAUGACCUGGCCAUCCUUCAGCUCCAACUUUUAACAAAUGGGUUCAGGUUGCUCAAAGUUGGAGGAUUCCUUGUCUAUAGCACUUGCAGUUUAACUGUUGCACAGAAUGAAGAUGUUGUGGACAAGUUCCUUUCAGAGAACAGUUCUGCAGAGUUGGUUGAGAUUGAAGCGGCCAAAAGUUGGCCCUGUAAGAACGGGCGGAUACCUAAAACGCUCCGUUUUGAUCCUCUGACAUCACGCACCAGUGGGCUCUUUGUUGCAAAGUUCACAAAACUAGCCAUUCAAAAAGAGCAGGGUUGGCAUCUUCACAAAUAACCCAAUUUGUGAAGACUUAACCCACACUAUUAUGGUAAUCUAUUCUUAAUUCACAUUCUGGCCCUUUUAGUAAUAGCUGUUUAGUCAGUCAUUAACCUCAAUACUCAAAAACCUCAAACAUGUCUUUACCAAAUACAUCCUCUAUACUCAGGUCUACGGUUCCAUCCUGAAUGAAGUUUACAAUUUCCUAUUUUUUAGAAUGUCUCAAAAUAAAGUUCAAACAUUCUUAUAUUCGGAUCACAUGGAACCGGUUGAAACAUCAGGAAUAAGCACGUGUAUGGCUGAGAUUGAGCAGAAAAUGAAAAUUUCUAUAGUAA